CUCCUCGGUUAUUUCCUGCAGCAGCCUCUCCUAUCUUCUCCUCUCCUCGGCUGCACGCUCCUGCCUCCCCGCCUGCCACAGCUCAGCAGCGGUGUGGUCGCUUCGAACCAGAGCUAACGGAAAGGAGAAGAAAAGACCUCCGCACUGAAAGGCCUCCACCUCCCUGGAAACCCUGCUACACUCACUGCGGCGGCGGAUAUAGAGCAAACACACAAACAAGAGACGCUUUGUGUCGACUUUAGUUUGCUUUUCUUUUAUCUGAACACCUCGGUAGAAAAAGUCAAAUCUCAUAAUGGCGACAGCUCCGGUGUCUGCCCCUGCUGGCUGCGGCCCCAGCCCCGGACCGGGAACGGAGCUGGUCCGCGGACAGGCCUUCGACGUCGGGCCUCGGUACAGCAACCUCUCGUACAUCGGGGAGGGCGCCUACGGGAUGGUGUGCUCUGCUUAUGACCGGGACAACAAGAUCCGCGUGGCCAUCAAAAAGAUCAGCCCCUUCGAGCACCAGACCUACUGCCAACGCACUCUGAGAGAAAUCAAAAUCCUGCUGCGCUUCAAGCACGAGAACAUCAUCGGUAUCAACGACAUCAUCCGGGCGCCCACCAUCGAUCAGAUGAAGGACGUAUAUAUCGUCCAGGAUCUCAUGGAGACAGACCUCUACAAGCUCCUGAAGACUCAACACCUGAGCAACGACCACAUCUGCUACUUUCUCUACCAGAUCCUACGAGGCCUGAAGUACAUCCACUCUGCCAACGUCCUGCACCGGGACCUGAAGCCCUCCAACCUUCUUCUCAACACCACCUGUGAUCUCAAGAUCUGUGACUUUGGUUUGGCUCGCGUGGCUGAUCCGGACCACGACCAUACUGGGUUCCUAACAGAGUAUGUUGCCACACGUUGGUACAGAGCUCCAGAGAUCAUGCUCAACUCCAAGGGCUACACUAAGUCCAUAGACAUCUGGUCGGUGGGUUGUGUCCUGGCUGAGAUGCUGUCAAACAGGCCAAUCUUCCCUGGGAAGCACUACCUGGAUCAGCUCAACCACAUUUUAGGGAUCCUGGGCUCUCCCUCUCAGGAAGACCUCAACUGCAUCAUCAACAUUAAGGCCAGGAACUAUCUGCUGUCGCUGCCUGUGCGCUGCAAAGUGCCGUGGAAUCGCCUCUUCCCCAACGCCGAUCCAAAAGCUCUGGACCUUCUGGACAAGAUGCUGACGUUUAACCCUCACAAGAGGAUCGAGGUGGAAGAGGCCCUAGCCCACCCCUACCUGGAACAAUAUUAUGACCCGACAGACGAGCCCGUUGCCGAGGCCCCAUUCAAAUUUGACAUGGAGCUGGAUGACUUGCCCAAAGAGACGCUGAAGGAGCUGAUCUUUGAAGAAACUGCUCGUUUCCAGCCCGGCUUCAGGUCCUAACAGCUUUCAUAGGAGAUUCUGCAGACAAGCUUCUGCAUCGCCAAUGCUCCUCCCAGCCUCCAGUCUGUUGCUGUGAUUUCUGGGUUUUUUUGGGAGGUUUUUUGUGGGUGGGUGGGGGGUUGCUUUGUUUUUAAUUCUUCUCUCCUGUUGUCCGCACCGCCUGGAUUCCUCCGGUCUAUUUUCUUUUUCUCUUGGCAAGUCCACUUUGCUCAGGAACGGCGUCAGGAAUCAAUCAGUCUUUCUCCGUCUCUCCUUUAUCUCUCUCUCUCGGUGGAGAGGUGAGGUAAAGGGAGGGAGGGAUGGGAGUCACAGCACAGCUCAUAGUUUGGGGGUAAACUUUGUGUUUUUGAAGCCAAGAUAAACAAUUUUUUGUGUUUGUGUUUCUCAAAAGGCAUUUGGGUCUUAUGAUUUAAGAUCUUUUUAGUCACAAACUCGGUGUUUCGUUUUUUUGUUUUGGUGCAGCUACUUUGCACACAAAAAAAAAUCAUCAUUAAAACAAAAGUUUUCAUACCUUUUGUCGCACUGUUACAAAAGGAUGCAGUGAUCUGUCUUUUCUUUCUCUCUCAUUUAGAAAAAUUUGAAUCCAUUCACCUGAUUUAUGCAAUUAUGACAGAAUGAGCCAGACAUUACUGGCCACAAGCCAUCACUUGGUGUUGAUGAGGAUGUAUAUUUUAUCAAACCUUGUAUUUUAAUCUCAAACAUAUUCACACAGAAGGCCCAGGUAUGAGGACCGCAUAUAACUAUAGAUAUAAAUAUAUAUAUGAAGCCUGAAGAGUCUUAAGAUGUUUUAUUGUUUAGGGUGAAAAGUGAAUCCGAUGAAAUGUUAGGAAAAAAGUCCCUUUUUUUUCUUAUUGGCAUUAAAUCGUGUAGAUAUGUACGAAAAGCGUUCAUUGGAAGUUUUUGCCUUAGCCACGAGGAAAUAAAGGAAAAGUUGAUUUCACACACAUUUGUAUGAUAUUUUCAUAUUUCUGGGGGGCGGGACAUGUAGGAUGCAGUUUCCACACAGAACUCGUCCGGUCGGGAGAAAAUGUCAGGCCCCCCCUCUCUCUCAGUUUUCCUGUUAAUUAUCUUUUUUUUUGUUAUCCUCUUCAGUGUUUGUGACUCUCUCUCGCCUUGUUAGAAUAAAACUGUGCCCUUUGCAUGACUGUUAUAAGCUCUGUAUACAAAGACAGCGACGUUAAAGUGCCCCACAAGCCGGCCGUGUCCGCUGGGAGAGCGCUCCGGCUCUUUCCCUCUCAUCUUUCGUGGCGAAUCUCGUUCCAAACACAUGGUGCUUUUGUCCCAUUCGUUUUGCUUCUGCCUCCCCCUCUGUCCGAUGAGCAGUUUUCCAUUAAGCAGAUUUAAAUUUUCUUUUUCUCAGUCUCCAUCAGCUGGCCAGGAGGCAGUUCAAUAACAAUAAAUGCUCAAACUGUGUUUAAAAAUCACCCCCAAAAGAUUAGAAAAAGAUUUAAAGCAUGAUACACCUCAGCAUAUUAUUCCUGUCACACGAUACGUUUCGCUUUAAAUUGCACAUUUAACUCUAGGAACAGCUGGCAGUGUGUGGACCAGCAUAACUGCAUUAACUGAGAACAUUAUUGCUUCUUAUACUGAUGUGAUUAAGACUGUUAAAUUAAAUACUUUGGUUUCUAAUAAGUGAAAAACUCAUCUUUGAGUUUUGAAGGGGGAAAGGGUUUCUCUAGCAGCGCCUGCCGGCUCUCGUUUUCAGUUUCUUCCCAAGCUGAGUGAAUCUGCGAAACUUGAACAAAAUUGAAUGUGGUCCAUCUAAAAAUAGAGCUGUAGUCUAAAUUAUCAUUGACUAAAAAAGACUUUAUGAAGACAAAGUUUAGAUAGUUGGCGUUUCUUUUGCUCCAACUUGGAUAAAAUCCUGAAACGAAGUAGAGGAAGAGAAAGGAGCCAUGUUUUAGAUGUGAUGGAUGAUUUGCUGAAUUUCAAACUGAACCAAUUGAGCAGUUUGUUUGGAGAUUCUUCUCUUUAUUAUAAAAGUCGUUAGUGUUCCUGAUGUUGGCAGAGAAAAAAACAGCCAUGGUACUGUUUAAAGAUGAAGGCAGUCCGUGUGAACAUGUAAAAUUCACUGACCUGCUCAGCGUUUUGUCCAGUUUUAGGUGAACGCAGGAUGCGAAACACGGCUUUCAAUGGAGGAUGUGGGCUGCCUCUUUACUUUUAUUUUCACAAGGGGACAUUAAACCGCCGCUCAGGCGCACUCAAGCCAUAAUUGGUCAACCGCACCUCUGACCACACCUGCCUGUGAUGUCAUCGCGUCCCAACCAGCUCGCAGGUACGCGCCGACAUCACAGCAGCCACGUUGGAUGUUAAACUGUUGCUGGUGGACAACACAGAAGCUGGACUUCAGGAUGUUAUGGAAGCCCAUUAAUGCCACUGUGAUAUGGGGGGGGUAAAAUUACUGACGCCAUAACUGGUCAAAAUUUAGAUUUAAUUAUUACAGAGGCAGAAAUGGUCUUCCAUAGUGGUUUAAAAAAAACAUACACUGCAAAAAGUACUUAUUCUGUUUUAAAACAUAUAUAAUUAUGAUCUGAGAUGUGAAAAAAAUGCUUAAUUGGGUUUAAGAGAACAACAUAAAGCAACACUUUUCUUUUGUUUUCAGUAUAAUUAAUGCAAAUCAUAAUCUUAAAAGUGGCAUUACUCCCAGUUAAAAAAAUAUAUAUAUUUUGGUUCCCAGAACGUCGCUCUUCAUUUUGUUUUUGCACUUGCAGACUUCCUCCCAGUGCUCCUCACGCUCGCUGCACACACUCGCCUGUCUCCGUUAUGAAAUGCACUUCUCCGGUGGUUGGGAUGGGACUUGUAAUCCGAGGUGCCUGCCAGGACUUGACAUGCCUGUAGAUAGUUUUUCUUUCUUUCUUUGAGAAGCAGGGAGGGAGUGGGUGGGGGGGGGGGGGUAGAACUUUUAAGGGCACUGGAAACCUUACUGGGAUUAGUUGUAUAAAAACAAACAAAAAAAGCUUCAGCUGAGUUCGUUGUGCAACCUUGUCUGUUUGUGCCUUUUUUGAUAGUCUCGAUAUCCAAGAUUUUGAUGUGCAGCUUUUGUUUAGUCGGGAAUCCGUAAUCGCAGUAUUCGCUCGUAAAGAUGAACACAAUCAACUCUGGGGGUUACGGUGGGAGGGAGGGAGGGAGGUUGCAGAUGGGGGCAACCUUAUCCUUCAUUUCUGUACAUUUUAAAGAGAUUUGGUGCAACAGCUGUGUGAUCUGUGACUGUAAUAAAAGAUUAAAAGCAAACAGUUCAAUAUAUUUUUGCGUUACCCUCAUUUUCCUUUAAGUUUUUUUUUUUUUUUUUUCCGUUUUGGAUGUUUUUGUGCAAAUAUUUUUAUUGUAAAAUUAAUGUUAUUUCUAUCAGACACUAAUCUUGUUUGAGUCCAGUGGAACUACUUCACUCUGUAUGUUUUGAUCAGUAUAAAUCUUUAAUUGUGUAGUUUUAAAAACAAAACUAAAUAAAAAGAGAACCAUUGGUUGUAUUUUAAUGGUUUGUUUGAGCUGCCAUUAAAUCGUUUGGAGUUGAUUGAUCAGUUUUAUUUCGCUGUGGUGUGAAGGAUUUGACUUGAACGAAGCAUUUGCUUUUAUUACAGGCUGACUGCUACUUUGGAAAAACAUUUUUUUCUUUUGGUCUUUUGCAACUCUGCCAUGACAUUUCAAUAGACGUUCAUUAAAAAUACUAUACCUUCA